AUGAGUAUCGAUCUUUCUGAAAAAGUUCUAGACCGUAUAGUUGCGGAAUUGAACGAAAACCAACGUCUUGCUGUGACAGCUCCAGCUAAUGGCAGGUUGCAAAUUAUAGCUGGACCGGGCACUGGCAAGACGAAGGUACUUACUUCGAGAGUCGCGUUUCUCUUGCUUAAAGAGGAGAUACCGCCGCAUCAAAUAGUGGUUACUACGUUUACCAAGAAGGCUGCCAAUGAGUUGACUGAGAGGUUGGAGCUGUUGCUAGGGGAUACUACUAUAGACGUGUCCAAGAUCUUGGUUGGAACGUUCCACAGCAUCUGCUACCGCGUUCUUAUGAUGUACGGAAAGAAACUCGGAAUCGAAAGAUACAAUAUUGCCGAUGACAGAGAUGCUGACCAUAUCUUGAAGGAAAUGUUGGCUGGACUUCUGGAUUUGGAGUUGGAUACGCUCGAUUCACUACCAGACGAAGAAACGGUCAUAUUCAGGCCCAACUCUGGUUCCGAGAGCAAAAAGUCUUCUGGAUACGACACAAAGAAGAUUAAACGCCAGAUCUCCAAGCUUAAGUCGUCAGGAGUGAAACAUGACACCUACGAAAGACUGGCCAGCCAUAACAAGGCUCUUUCUCUCUUUUACAGAAAGUACCAGCACAAGCUCCAGGAGAAUAAUUUGCUAGACUUUGAUGAUUGCUUAUUGUAUUGCUAUCUACUUGUGACAAGUUUUCCCGUAUUGAACUUCGUUCAGCAUGUCCUUGUAGAUGAGUUUCAGGAUACGAACGAAAUUCAAUUGCAGUUGAUGUACGAAUUUGCACGCGGACACCCUACGGAUCCCAGCAAACGGGACAACGUAACUAUCGUAGGAGAUCCAGAUCAAAGUAUAUAUGCAUUCAGAGACGCUCAAGCCAUCAACUUUGAAAAGAUGGAAAAGCACUAUUUGAAACGAUACCAAGAGCCUUGUCGUAUAAUCAGCUUGACAGAAAACUAUAGAUCUACCUCAGACAUCUUGGACAUCUCCGAGAAGAUCAUGAGACAGCAACAGAAGCGAGUGGUGAAAUCAUUAAAGUCACAAACGAAAAGAUCAUUUAAGCCCGUUUACUAUAACUUGACCUCUGCCGAAGAAGAGGCAAAAUGGGUCUGCUAUCAGAUCGAGCAUAUCAUGGCUCUUCCAAAUACACCAUUUAUGUACAGCGAUAUAGCUGUUCUUAUAAGAGCAGCGUAUCAGACAAGAGCUAUAGAAAACGAACUAGUUCGUAGACGUAUACCCUACUUCAUGAUUCGUGGCCGAGCCUUCUGGGAGAGAAAAGAGGUGGUUGCUAUACUAGACUACUUAAGGGUAGUGGCUCAUGACAAUGACAGAAUUGCAUAUCUUAGAACUCUUAAUUUUCCGAAAAGGGGGUUUGGAGAUAAGACUAUCCAAGCUGUUGAGAGAGCUCUUGAAUUAGAAACUUUAGCAGGACGCGACCUGGUAUACCUGGCAUUGACUGCGAUGGUACAGGGAGAGAACAACGAACUAAAGCUAUCUACAAAGAUGAAACAAACACUUUCUUCUUAUCUACAAUUCAUUCAUAAAGCAAGAGAAAUGUUGCUGAAUCUUGAUGCUGAGAUCACUAAUGGAACACUAGAUUCUGAAAAAAGAUCAUCGAAGCUUGCAGAACUUUUCGAGCUCAUCUAUGUCCAUUCAGGACUAAAGCAAGAGUUCUCUAAAGAUGAGAAUCAGGAACUCAACAUUAAAGAAGUCGAAAAGCAAUUUUGCGAGUUCGUUCCUAGAGACGAAGAAUUACCUUUAUAUCAUGGAGGUUCAGAAAGUGAGCAAACACAAGACGAUAGAAACUACCUAGCUAGGUUCAUACACUCUGUUGGAUUGUACGAAACAGAUGACGACAAGAAAGAAAACGAAAAGAAAGAGAGCUUCCAUGGUAGAGUAGCACUAUCUACUAUUCAUGGGUCUAAGGGUCUUGAAUGGCCAAUUGUGUUUGUUCCUGGAUUAUCGGAGGGUCUCUUGCCUGCUCGAUUUGCCAUAGCCAAUGGUGGUCCAGAAGCAAUAGACGAAGAAAGAAGAUGUUUCUAUGUUGCGCUUACCAGAGCUAAGACGUUGUUGUACAUGUCGUCAUAUACUUCUUUUGGAUCAGGAAUGUGGAAUAUAGUAGAUACUGUCUCGAGAUUCAUAGACAAGAUGAAGGGAACUACCUACGUUUCCGAUUUCCAGGAUGCUUUCAAGAGCUGGGAUACAUUAACACAAUUGUAUUCGCACAUUCGCAAGACACCUCCAUCAAAGGAUAUGUUUCCGUUUGACAACUUCUUUCGACUUUACAAGGAAAGGCUAACUCCAUUUAUCAAAGGAGAAACAUUUGCCAUAAACGAACAAAGUUUCAAGUCAGCGCCCAAUAGUCUAGUGUAUGGUGGGAUGGGCUUUUCUAGCGCGGCACAGGAGUUGGGUAAAAAGAGAAGAGCCGUUGGACUCAGCAGUUCUUCGAAACGGAGACCGCCAAUUAUACGACAAGCCAAUGGAACCAAUGCUAUUUCUGGCUUGAAUAAUUUGACUUCAAAUGUAGAUUCGACUUUAACAAAUUCAGGUUUCAGCUUGAACUCUAAUAAGGCACCAAAGUAUGUUUCUCAAGUAGCACCCAGACCAGCAAUUGCUAGUGGUGCUAAGAAUAACAAAGCUCCUGCUUAUAUACCUAGUCGACAGCGACCGGGUAGUUUGCAUUCCAAAUCUUCAAACAGAGCGCCACGAUAA